AUGCGCAAGCACAACCACCGCAAGAUCAACCGAAUCUCCGACGAACGCAACGCUAAGCUCUACAGCAUCGGGGGUUUCAAGGCCUGGUGGCCUGGGCCAAGAUGGCCUGCCUGGGUCUCGCCUUGUACGCGGCGACGCCGGCCCACAUUUUGGGGCAAUUCCUUUCAAAUCAGAUCGGAGACGAUCCAGUACGUGCUCAUGUGCUGCGGCGGUUGCUACGUCGUCUCGCUGCGCUUCGUUGCGCAGCAGUGCUGCCAGACCAUCGUGCCCGCCAUGGCCAAGCAGGUGGAGAUUGCGCGAGAGUUGUAA